UGUCAGUAUAGAGGCAACGCGCUGACGGAAAAGAUACGUGACCAUCUAGGACCUUCAAAAGAGAAUUCGGUAACAACCGGCAUCAUGUUAUUGAAGAUCGUGUCCUGCACGACCCUGUGUUACUUGGCCGCGGCCGCUUUACUCGGGGUAUUUCUGCUCCUGCUGGCGGUCUACCUUUACGCUCAGUACACUUUGGGAGUUUGCACGAGCAAGAAGAAAAUGGACGGGAAGACCGUGAUAAUCACUGGUUGCACUUCCGGUAUCGGAAAGGAGACCGCGAGGGACAUCGCGAAGAGAGGCGCGAGACUGAUCAUGGCCUGUCGAAACAUGGACGCCGCGAAUCAAUUCAAAGAAGAGCUGAUAAAGGAAUCCGGCAACAACAACAUAGUCACUCGAAAGCUCGACCUGUCGUCGCUUUCCUCGGUGAGAGAAUUUGCGCAACAAAUAAAUCGCGAGGAGAACAGGUUGGACGUGUUGAUUCACAAUGCUGGCACUGCAGAGGUGUUCAGGAAGAAAGUUACGGAGGAUGGUCUGGAGAUGACCAUGGCGACGAAUCAUUACGGUCCAUUUUUGCUUACGCAUCUUUUGAUCGAUCUGUUGAAGCGAUCGAAACCGAGCCGCAUAGUUGUCGUCGCAUCGGGACUGUACGUUCUAGCGAGUUUAAACCUGAACGAUGUUAAUCCAACGACGACCUUGCCUGGGUACCUGUAUUAUGUCUCUAAAUACGCGAAUAUCGUUUUCACAUUGGAACUGGCACGACGCCUCGAAGGCACCGGUGUCACUGCCAAUUGUCUCCACCCUGGACUGAUGAGCACUGGAAUCUGGAAGAACGUUCCCCCACCAUUCUCGUGGGGGUUGAACUUCGCACUGAGGACUUUCUGUAAAACGCCCGUGCAGGGCGCGCAGACAACCAUACACCUUGCCGUUUCCGACGAGGUCAAAGGAAUUUCUGGCAAAUACUUCGCGGACUGCCGUGAACAGGAACUUUUCAGCGGCGUGAAGGAUCCGUCGAAAGGUAAAAAGUUCUGGGAGCUCAGCGAAGCGAUGGUGAAAUUCCAACCGACUGAUCCAAAAAUUUAGCGAUUAUUCCAACGUUUUUUUAUUACUUACGUAUUUAAGUUUUGCGGGGUUUUCGUCGCACUGUACUGUCACACUGUGUCUUCAUUCUUUGUUGUUACUAUACUUUCUAGAAGUUGUUUUUGUAAACUGAAGUUAUAAUAAUAAUAAUAAUAAUAAUAAUAAUAAUAAUAAUAAUAA